CAGUUGUAUAUAUCCUUUUCUACUUUCGGAUAUCAAGGAAGAACCAAGUCUUAUCGAUCCACUAUUUGGGGAAAAUAUAUCGGAGGAAGAUAACGAAAAAGAAACACUGAAAAAUAACACACGGUAUAAAAAAGAUGAAGCAGAAAAAGUUACUGUAUGCCCAGUUACCGUUGAUAAACAAUCCACUUUAAUAAAAAAGGAACAAACAUCUUCCGCGAAAAUGUAUUCCGGAAAAAUUAUGUCCAAUCAAAAACCACCUACAUUGCUUGAUUCGAAAGUAAUACCUGCUAAUGGAAAAUAUUUAGCUGUACUAAAGCAACUGCCACAAUCAGGGGAAGCAUCACAAGAGAAAAAAUCUUUUCAAAAUUUACAAACUACAACUACUUCAAGUGGUGACAACAUAGUAUUAAAACGUCUCGUUUUUGAUACUGAAAAACGAUGUUUCCGGGCAGUCGAUUCCAAUGAGCUCGUUAAUGCAAUGUCCAAAAAGAUUCGGGUACUCAGUGUUAACCACGAGGGAAUAGAUGGAAUGUCGUCUCUAAACGUCCUGCAAAAAGUGCCUCCGCUAUUGUUAGAUGGAACAGAAUGCCCAGAAAAAGAAUCUUCGUUUAUGGAAGGUAUUGUACCAGUCUCCACGGAUGACAUGUGCAUUUUGUGUGCAAGAAAAAUGUCGCCAACGCACAAUAUUAGUCAUCUAGUGAACCUCAUUAGGGAUAUUGCUGGAGUAAAUCUUUCAAAUCUGAAUUUACCCCUCCGCGCAUGCGAAGAAUGUGUAGCUGACGUAAAUGUAACGUUAAGAUUGAGAAACACUAUAAAAAGAGCCUAUGAAGAUCUUGUUAAAAAAGACGAUACUUUCACAAUGAAUGUAUUGCCACCAAAAACAGCAGGACAACAUGGAAAGAGUCCCGUCAAUGAAACUGAUACUAUUGCUUCAAAAGAGGCCAGUACCACAGUUACGGAAAAGUCUUCUGUGACCCACCAAGAGAAUAUGAAUACUGACGAUUCAGAAAUCAUGCAAAAAUUAAAUGAACAUAAUCCAGAUGGAUUUAAGCAAAUAAAGUUGCUCAAAGGUGAUGAUUGUGGUCGAAAAAUAAGUUCUGGUGAUAAUUAUUCAAAAUAUCAUAUGAAUAGCGAAACGGAGAAAAUAUGUGAACAAUUGUGUAUAACAAAUUCAAGCCAAAAGGAACAUUUAAGGGAAUGUAAAAAAGCAGAUGUAAUCUGUAAAGUAUGCAAUCGAUCAUUUCGUACCCUACAGAACCUAAGAUGGCAUAUGCGCUGUCAUGUUUAUAAAUGUGAAGUUUGUUGUAAAACGUUUCUAUACGGCAUUGCAAAAAAGAAUCACCUAAAAGAAGAGCAUACUGAACAAGAAGUUCAGAAAUCUCUGGAAAAUAUGAAAACAGAUAAAGAAAAAUCGAAAUUUGUGCCCUACUGCUCUCGUCAGACGGUAAUAUUAAAAACAAUGAAAGAAGAGAAGGAACAAAUUGAAGUGAAAGAAGAAACGGAGAAUAUAAUAAAUGGAAUUAAACAAGAAGAAGUUAUAUUAUAAAAAUAUA